CCGCAACCACGAUAUCUCGCCAUCGAGCUUCACAAUUAUCCUCGUUUGCUAGCCUCACCCCAAGAUAGAUUGCCCACGGGUUCGGCUCUCCCGCAAUUAAUCCGCGGCGGCCGCGUUAACCUUCUUGUUGGACUUGCUUAACUCUCUAGAGAACCACAAUUUUUGUGUGAACUCUCAAGUUUCUAGUAAGGAGAAGCUCCUCCAGUCCAUGGGUACGGUACGGGUUAAUUGCCGCUAUUUCUGUUUGAGCCACUCAAGUGUUCCCCUCGCAGCAGCGAUUGCCCAGUCCUGUCGGCUAGCAGACGUAGCUAAUAAGGCGCCCCGUGCAAGAUAUAUGAGAUUUCUGGGUCAUUGGGAUAACUGGUUGUUGGCUGGUGUUGCCUAGCUCUUCAAAACCUCUAAUAAUUGUCCAGGCAGAAGCGAUUACCUGCCCGGAAAGUCAGGCACCUUGGCAGAAGGUCUCUUGGCUACUACAUCUUCCUGACUCUCACAUUGAUCUCGACGUUGUCGCCAGGCGAGCGGCUACUGAUACUCAUUGGUUUGAAAGUUCCGCGUGGUGUGACUCGUCUCUUAGCGCAAAGGAAGACCGCUGGAACCACAUUUCUCGCUGCCUUAUCCUUGCCUGUCAAGAAUUUAUCCUGUCGUUGGCCAGCUGAGGAAAUUCCUCUGCCGCUUGCAGAGCAACGACCCUCACUGCGCCUUGCGACUGGGGUUGGAACCCCUUGUGACAAUUCUCAUCCGACGCUAAAACAGAGCAUCUUUAAGGAUCCUACGGGACUCAUCCUCUCACCGACGUACAACUUUCUUUCAGAGAGGGUAAUCCAUAUUUUCUGAUACCUUCGCAAAGGCAGCACCACGAGGGCGGAUGCAUGGUCUUCAGCCUGCUUGACGGUUUUGAUGAAUCACACACAUACAAGUCCCAUUUCUUGUAUUUAACUGGGGCCAUCUCCAUCCAUUUUCGAUCAGUUUCAAAACCCAUCAGCUCUACAACACACUCACUUCCCCUUCACUUCCCGGCUGCAGAACUAUCUUCCGCAUUCCCUAAACCCCGUUCACAAUGGAUGAAGCAACGCAGCUUUCAACGCAACCAUAUGCCGACCCUCGGCGGAUAGGGCUCAACAACUCCGGGCUUGAUGAAGAGGAUGUUCCCGACAUCAUCUGUGUUUUACAUCCGAACUCCAUGGCAGCCCACAAUGCUGUAUCUGCGACUGCGCGUUUUGGCCCACAGCAUAUCUUACAAAGGGACAAUCUUGAAAACGACACCGGACUUCCCAACAGCUCUCCCGGGGACAUCGCGUUGAGGCUUUCAUCCUCUGUAAAAGACGUGAGUAUGGGCUUUUGUUUCGGUCGUAAUCCUAAUCGCUGCGAUAUAGUCCUCGCUCGGGAUGAUAGCGAAAAGAAGAUAUCAAAUGUGCACUUUCGGAUCUAUCUAACGCGCGACAAUAUCUUGAUGCUACAAGACACUUCAACCAAUGGGACCCUUGUAGAUGACAAAGUUGUUCGGAAAGAUAAUAAGUAUGGUGCUUCCUCCACACAAAUGCUCGUCCCCGGCUCUAUCAUUCACGUGGCGAAUGAUUCGACCACUGGCAUCAAGUUCAUAGUCCGUAUUCCUCCUCGGGAUGGCUUUGAGCGUGAGUACACACAGAAUGUGAUUCACUACAUGAACCGAGUACAAAACGCAUCCAAAAAAUAUGGAGAUGGUGGAGCAAAGCCUGGAAAGGCGGCACAACGUAAUGGUUAUCUUAUUGUCCCUCAGCAAGGCGGCAAUACUCAUGGGAUGCACUGGAAUGGCGGUUCCAAGUAUAAUGUCACGGGACAGGUUGGUAAAGGCGCAUUCGCCACGGUUUACAAACUCGCAACGAAAAACGACGGCAUGGUCUACGCUUGCAAGGAGCUCGACAAACGGCGCCUUAUGAAGAAUAAUAUUUCAGACCACAAAGUUAACAAUGAGAUGUUGAUCAUGAGCGGAUUACGACAUCCGAAUAUUGUCGAAUUCAGAGACUAUCAUGAUCACGAUAACCGUUGGAUCUAUAUCAUCAUGGAGUAUGUCCCCGGUGGCGAAUUAUCCGCCUAUCUUAAUCAAUGUCAUCACCUCGCGGAGGAGCAGGUAAAAACAAUCUCUCGACAAAUCUUACAUGCCCUCCAAUACCUUCACAGACGGAAGAUAACACAUCGUGACAUCAAACCGGAUAACAUUUUAAUCCAGUCAUUUGAUCCCUUACAUGUUAAGCUUUCAGAUUUUGGCCUCUCCAAGGUCGCCCAGGAAGAAUCCUUCAUGAAGACGUUUUGUGGAACGCUCUUAUAUUGUGCCCCUGAAGUUUAUCCAGAGUACGACAACUAUAGGCGGGGCGAGGCAAGGAAAAGGCGACGUGCUGCUGAUUCGGUCCCUAGAACAUCGCCGUACGAUCAAUCGGUAGAUAUGUGGUCUUUUGGUGCAGUGUUAUUUCAUAUCCUCUGUGGAACUGCGCCCUACGCUGGCCGAGGAGAUGAUAGGGGUGCAACUAUGCUGCGCAAUAUAAUGACAACCGAUGCAGAUUAUGACUUGCUUCGAAAAGCUGGAGUAUCGGACAGUGGUAUUAAUUUUGUUUCGAAGCUUCUUAAUCGCGAUCCGAGAGCUAGACCCAAGGAGCCCGAGUGCUUCCAACACCCGUGGAUCGUUAACGUUCCAGACGAACUUGAUUACACAGAGUUCGACGGUCCCAAAGUUCAGGAUAUCGACACAACUUUAGCUGCCGUAGGUGAGGCUAAUGAAGAUGAAGAAGCAGAUAGGCUUGACGCCUCUCGCCUUCAUCUUAAUGAUAAAGUUGAUGAAGAUUUAAAUGAAGAAAUUAAAGAUCAGGAGCAUGGGGUUGAGGACGAAACGCCCACUGACCACAAGGACGUCAAAAGACAGCGACUUUCUCACUAUCCUGAAGAUUCAAGCCAGCACGUUGUAAUGGCCCAAGUUCCAGCUAUAAUCAAAUAUCCUUCGUUGCCAGACCUUGGUAGCUAUGAUCUAGGCUCUGGUCUCGGUGGCCAAGGAACUCAGCCGCCCAUGGCACGUCUUUUUGGGGAGAUAUCCGGGCCUGCUCUGAGGAGUUCCGCCGCAUUUGAAGGAAACGCAAACCGACCAACAGCAAUGUUUGACUUCCAGCCUCGUUUCCAAGAUGAGGAUGUUUAUGAUGACCCUUCCUCAGAGAUGGAGUCGUCUCUAAGUUUCAGCAGUAUUGAUAAUCCAGCAGAGCUACACCAUCAACAACUGCCUAUCGGGUUGGAGCGGGGUGCUUCUGCCCCAAGUUUAAUGGGAGCGGAAUCACUAGUGGGUCAGUUGCACAUGGAAUCUCCUGAUGUCAGAACACCAAUCUCCACAGCCCAUAAUAGUAAUAAUCCAACCACCCCGGAAUCUUCCGUGGGCAAUGCACCCUCGUCCCAAGCCCGGGAAUCAAAAUCUGGCGGCCACGACGAGGCUAAGAAAAGGAGUUCAAGCCAAAAACCUGGUGGGCUCGACUCUACCGACCAAGCACAUCGAAGAUCAGUCGGCCAGGAAUCCAUCCCUACCCCGAAAGUUACGCCCAGAAAUCUCACCAAUCCAUGUUGUCUUGUGCGUGAACAAACAUCUAAAUCGUUCGACCCGAAACACCUGCUCGAGCUCUCCACCACUAUCGACGAGCACACUGGAGAGGAAGUCGCACAGGUCGAUGGUUCGAAUACCCCUGAAGAGCCGAGCGAGGCGAACGAGACGAAUACGCGGUUCGCCUCCAGGAUCACGAGUCCUGCAAACUCCCCGAGACUCACCCCUCCCUUCGGAGCGCUCAUAUCACUUCCCGGUUCAAUCACAGAUGUAUCACUCCACCUCGAAUCACGCAUGACAUCAUGGGGCCGAGGACCAAGAGUCAAUGUUCGUUACUCUGAUCCUAUGGAUAGCCGAAUCCCGGCCUACGCCCUCGAACUCACUUUCUGGGCACCGUCGAUCGAAUCCCGCAUCGCAGCCGGUGAAGACUGGCGAAAGGUUCCUGGUGUCAUGGCCAUCCUCUCUACCAAGGCGAGCAAUUGCAUUUGGGUUAAUGACGUGGAGCUACGCAAGGAGACGCCGGCGAAGGAUGCGCGUCUCUUCGGAAAACUGUACACAGGCGAUAUAAUCACGGUAUUUAGGGAUCGUGAGCGCUAUCUGCGCUUUCGAUGCGAGUUUUAUCACGGGGAAAGCAUGAAGCUGCGGCCGCUUGAGGAAAAAGGGUUUCUUAUUCAAAAGGCGAAGUAUCCGAAAAGUGGGAGCAAGGGAGACGGGAGUUUGAAAACUGAGCAGGCUGCUGGCAACACCACAACGACGGCGCCCACCAUCGCUCCAGAGACGGACGGGGAGAAGAGUGUUGAUUGGAAAGACAAUAAGAAGGAUAAGAAGAAAUAGUUGCUUGAUAUCUCCUUUUUUUGUAUUUUCCCUUUUCUUUUCAGGUCUGUUUGAUAUGGUCGAUCCGCAAGCGAUGAGAUUUUGUUUAACUUCCCUUGAAACAGGGCCCGUAUGCCUCAGUUAGUUGUAUCCGACACAGCUUCCUGAUUUAUGCUCUCAUACGCUGUCAUUUUGUCCUUUAUUUACAUACUAUUUAAGCUAGUCCGGUUGCCGCACUCAUACCCUCCUUGACUGCAUCUUCUUUUUGUUCACGCGCUCUGACCGGGAUAGUGAAAGGAGAUGAUAUUGUGAAUGAAACAAAGCAUCUACAUAGAUAGUACGGCAAUGUACACGCAAAUUGUCAUGAAACUCAGUAAAUAUUGUCACCGCUUUUCCAGGAGUAGUUGUGGCUAGAAAUUCUUCCAUUGGUAAUUUUCAUUCUUCUGGCAGCAAAACGGCCAAGGAUCGGGUUCAACCCCUGAAAUUAGCGCCGAAUAAACUUCUGUUUCUCCUCCCUUUGU